UGGUGGAAGUCCCAGACGUUCCAGGGCCCAGGCCAGGACCCCCGGCCACAAGUGGCGUGGCGAUGGCGGGGGUUCUGGUCGUGGUGCACUGCAAGUAGGCUAAAAGUGCGACAGGCAAGCCUCUGCCCGACCGGGGCUGUGGUUCCACGUGAUUUACGUGAACCUGUGCCGCUUUCGUAAACUCGAAGCCGCCAUGUCACAACUUAUGUAGUGCUGGCGGCUAAAAUAUUUCGUUUUUGUGGUCAGUUCGUAUUGCUGCUGCCGGAAGUUGUCUCCUUCUGAGUCUCCAGCGACAGAACAAGACGAAGACACAUGACCGACCCUCUCCAACUUAACAAAUUAUUUUAGAGAAACAUUUACAGGAUCGCUCUCCGUGCGUGACGUGCCUGACGUAGCAGACCCGCCAUGGCGCACCACAAGCUGCUGGACGACCCGGAGCGCUGCGUGGACGACAUGCUGCAGGGGCUGCAGGCCGCCUUCCCCGGCCUGCGCGUCCUGGAGGACAGCCGCGCCGUCACGCUGCGGUCCGAGGCCGGCGACACGGUGGGGCUGGUGUCGGGGGGCGGCGCGGGCCACGAGCCCUUCUGCGCCGGCUUCGUGGGCACGGGCAUGCUGGCCGCCGCCGUGUCCGGCUCAGUGUUCGCCUCCCCGCCCGCCACGCACGUGCAGCGCGCCCUGGCCGACGUGGCCUCCAGGCACAAGGGCGGCGUUCUUUUAGUCAUCCCAAAUUACACUGGAGACUGCCUCAACUUUGGCCUGGCCUCCGAGUGGGCGAGAAGGGAUGGCGUUCAAGUGGAAAGUGUUAUUGUCGACGAUGAUUGCUCCCUGCUUGAAAGCGGGAAAGGUUCCUCCACUGGCAGCAGGGGCAUGUGUGGUUUGAUCUUCGUGUACAAAAUAGCAGGACAACUUGCGUCAGAGGGCCUUCCGCUUAAGAAAGUAGCUGAGGUUGCCAAGCGAGUAGUGGACAGUACGGCUACCAUGGGUCUAGCAAUAAGGUCUUGCAUCUUGCCCGGAUCAAUCCAGCCACUUCUGAACCUUGCUCCUGGCAGCGUUGAGCUGGGGGUUGGUGUUCACGGGGAAGCUGGACUUAAAACUGUGCCGAUGGCGCCAGCUUCAGAACUAAUUUCCCAAAUACUGGAUCCAAUUCAGCGUACACUCAAACUGCAGAAAGGGGAAAAAGUUGCAGUUCUUGUUAAUAAUCUUGGUGGUCUAUCACAAUUGGAACAGUAUGUAGCUGUCAAAGUUAUCCAUGAAAAGAUUGUCUCUUGGGGGGUUGAAAUAGUGCGUCUUUAUGCUGCUCCACUGAUGACGUCGUUAGAGACUUCCGGAGUACAAGUUUCUAUUCUCCGACUCACUGAUGCUGAUUGGCUGAGGUGUUUAGAUGCUCCAUCGUCUGCCCCAGCAUGGCCUGGCCGGCCAAGCUCUAUUCCGCCCACCAAGGGAAGCAGGUCUUGUGAGUCAGCAUCUCAAGUGAAGAAGGAAGAAUCAAAGAAUUUAGGUCCUGAACUUGAGCACUCUUUAGCAGAGAUUUUAAAGAGUGCAUUGGAGGCUGCAGCCAUGGAUCUCAUUCAUCAUGCUGAUAAAAUGAAUGAAUUGGAUAGUGGCUGUGGUGAUGGAGACUGUGGAUCAACCCUUGCUAGACUGGCUAAAGCACUGAUUACAGAACUGCCCAAUCUUCAAGUGAAGCACCCUGCUCAAUUAUUACUUCAAUUAGCAAAUUUGGCUAGUGUGAUUAUGGGUGGCACGUCAGGAGCCGUCUAUGGUUUAUUAUUUUCUGCCGCUAGCUCUCAACUGAGCAAGGUGAAAUGCAUUAAGGACACUAUCUCUCUGUUGGAGCACCUUGCUACAUCAUGGGAAGAAGGUCUGCAGGGUAUUAUGCGCCACAGCAAGGCAAGGCAGGGAGACCGCACCAUGCUGGAUGCCUUGAUCCCAGCAUGUCAAGAGUUCCGAAAAGCUGUUUCAAAAGGGACAGACGGUUUGGCAGCCUUUGAAGCAGCUGUCUCUGCAGCAAAACAGGGAUGUGCCGACACUGCCAAAAUGUUUGCUAAGGUUGGGCGGGCAAGUUAUGUGAAUGAGUCCCACCUUUCUAACGUGGAUGCUGGUGCCUAUGGAGUUGUAGUGUGGCUGGAAUCACUGCUCAAGACUUUCUGCAAAAAGACUUAGUUUGAAACCUUUUUAACCUAAAAGUUAACUUAUUUGUACCAAAUCUUUCUUUAAAAACAAAAAACAAAAUUGUGAUUUUAACAACAAAAUUUAAAUUUUAUUGAUAGCCCUGAAUAAACAACUUUCAACAAA